AUGUUCCCUCGUCAGCCUGCCGGCGCGCAAAAGCUGACGAUGACACCCGUUCGCAGGACUGGCCAUUCCAUGCAGAUGUUGAACAACGACCCCAAAAAGAAUUCCCGGGACCGGCAAGAUGAGGCUCGUUUGUUGGGGGGAUCUUACAAGGAUCCCCAAGCCGUGAAGAUAAAGACCGGCGCAACAAUGCAAUCAAAGAGCAAGAAGCCAGGAUCAAAUUACUCUUUUUCCCCAUCGGACAAGAUCUCAGCCAAAUCCCGGACAAGUGGGCCUGUUCACGCUCGGGGAAAGUCAAAUAGACAAACCUCCAAUAUGCGACAAAACCCGAUAUUGUUGGACGAUGCAUUUGAAGAGUCGAAUCGGCCUAAUAAAAGGCAGCGCCAGAGUGACGUGGGUCUUGAAGCUGCCGGGGCAAAUACUCUUGUGGAUCGGCCCCAGCAGCCUCCAUUGAGCUCACCAUUGCAAAGUCUUAGAACGAAGCAUAAGGGCUCCGCUGGUCUUCCUCAGAAUCUCGAUGAGUUUCAAGAAGUCGAGAGAAACGUCAGAAUGUCACCCAGUCCUCGUCGAUCUCAUAUCAGACAGUUCGCUUUUUCUGGCUCUCCAGAUGAGCAGUUUAUUGAAAAAGCAGUACAGCAACGGCGAGAUACGAUGAAAGGUCAGGCCAACGACAAGUCAAAAGGCGCUAGUGAGGCUCUUGUCAUGGACAGAAUCGAGGUUGGAGCAAAGAAAUCCGAUAAGGCUCGCUCUGCCAAUUUUUCAAAUGCGACCCGUCCUUCUGUCAACGGCAGAGAAAGCCCAGAUGAGCUUCAAGGUGAUAUCACGACUCAUUCAUUACUGAACUCCUUGACAGAAAAGCCAGUCAAAGCUGGACGCCAAUCCAGAAUUGAAAUUCACCCUGAACCCGUCACUCGAAAACGCUCACCAUCCGACAUUCAACCAACAGAUUUUUCCUCCCCACCGCAAGACAAGAAAAAGGCCAAGCGCUCUCAUCUGAAGCCCGCCAGAAAAAGGGUAUUCAAAGCGUCUUAUUACCGGAUGGGAUUAUUCUACAAGACUUGCGCUGAGAAUGAAUCAGUCCCGAUUAAUGUUAUCGAGUUAGGGCUGCAACUUGGCCAAGACCUUGGUCCGGGCAAUGAACGACUGAUUCUCUACAAAGAUAUCGGGAAUAUUCUUGUCGGCGAGGGCACGAGUCGGAAGAUAAGCCUAUCUAUGAGGAAAGACUACGGGGACAGCAGCAAAAGCGUUGACAUUGAGUUUUGUACUCCGGCCGAAAGGAAUACCAUGCUCAAAGCCUUGGAGUUGCCGAAUGUCGGACAAGAGUUCAGAGAUGCGAAAGACAUGGAUAAAGUUUUUGCAGCACAUGCAUCAGACUUUGCAGGCGUGUCCGACCAGACCAGGGCGUCAUUGCAUGAUCGAACUGGUGGCUCCAUCCCUACAAAAGCCAACCGACGGCUAAAACUAGCUGACCAAUUAAGAGGAGCCGAUGGUGUAAUUGUUGAUGCAAAGCUAUCUAAGAGUAAGCGACGUCGCAAAGCCAUGAUGGGAUCUGAAGAUGGCACUGUUGAGUCGCGAGACACUUCUCCUGUCCAAGCUCGACGUCAGAGAUCCCCACCUUAUGCGAAGCCCUUCAAAUCCAUUCUCAAAGACCAGGGAGAUCAACCUCCCGAAUCAGACGCCGAUGCUGGACCUGAGAUUCCCGUGAAACCGUUGGGACCAACUACUCGCGAGACUCGGUCUUCCCGACGUGCACCCGGGAGACACUCUAGGAUGAACGAGGACGGGCUACAUGACACAGAUCAAAAGUCUCCACUUGAAGAUGACGCCUUCCGAGAAAACUGGAAAAAGCCCUUAGUUUACCCGCCGAACGGAGCGAAGAAAGCGGAGGUCAAUCUUGAUGAUCGUGACCGGCUGCGCGAGGACACUUUCCUCAAUGAUAACCUCAUUGCUUUUUAUAUGCGGUUCCUUCAAGAUCAUCUCGAGCGAACGAACAAAGAUGCUGCGCGUCGGAUUUAUUUUUUCAACUCUUAUUUCUUUGCGACCCUCACAAACCCCCCUCGAGGCAAGCGUGACAUUAAUUACAAAGGCGUGGAAAAGUGGACUCGGAGUGUCGAUCUCUUCAGCUACGAUUACAUUCUAGUUCCUAUCAACGAACAUCAUCAUUGGUACAUUGCCAUCAUCUGCAAUUUACCCAGUUUGUCAUUUGAGAACGCGGAGCCAGUGGAGUCUGUGCAGCCAUCUCGAGCAUCUUCCCCGACGAAGCAACCAGCACCCAUACCUGAAACCAAGGUGCAAGAAAUCGACGAGACUCCAGAGCCAGAACUCAAGCCAGAGUCUAAUAAAACUUUUGAGCGAAGCCCGGAAAAUAAUGUCGAGCAGUCUUCAAAGCCUCCAAAGGAACCAGAAACCCGGAGGCGUCUUGCUUCUCUGUCGAUCGAGGAAAAAGAGCUUGCAGAAAAAUAUACAAAGAACCCAGAAGGAAAAGAACAGCCUUCCUCCGAUGAGGGGCAAGAUGCUGAUGAGAAUCCGACUUCCUCGCCCGCGAAUCUCUCCAAGAUCUCUGCCCAAAAGCUUGCCCAAGACGAGGCUGCAGCUUCUCAGCCAAUAGGCAAAUCCAGGAAGAAACGGUCUGGGCAAAAGCUGCAUCCCAAUCAGCCGACGAUCAUCACCUUUGACUCCCUUGAUGUCAGCCGUUCCCCAACUAUCAGAAUCCUUCGCGAGUACAUCUCCCUAGAAGCAAUCUCUAAACGCGGAUUGGAGAUCAAUACCAGUGAGAUCAAGGGAAUGCGAGGCCAAGGAAUACCUAGUCAGCCGAAUUGGUCAGAUUGCGGACUUUACCUACUGGCCUAUGUCGAGAAGUUCAUCCAAAGUCCCGAUUGGUUUAUCACGAAGGUGCUCCAGCGAAGUAUGGAUUCCGAGAAUGAUUGGCCACGUCUCAGGUCGGGUGAGCUUCGGAUCCGCCUACGCACGUUCCUCGACGAGCUUUAUGAAGAACAAUCCCAGACGAGUCGGGAUCCAAAGAAGCGCAUCAUGGCAGACAGAAGCCCGAUUGAUUUUUUGCUUCGGCCGCCCCGGCCACAUCAAGAAGACGAUGCCGACAUCGAUGUGGUGCCCGAGUCCCAGCAUGAGCCCCAAAAAGAGACAGAGGCCCCGCCCACCAUACCAACCAAGGAAUCUACGCCUGUGGACUCUGCAGCGUGCAAGGUACCCGACGAGCAAAGCGAGGAUUCAACUGUCGAUCAGAUGCACAUGGUUCCCACUGAAAGUCCCCCUGCGCCGAAACCGAAAGCACCCAAGACGCGGACUGAAAAGCCUCAAACCGAUCGUUCCUCCCACGCAAAGAACGAACCAGUCAUCCAAGUCCCCUGCAGCCAAGAAGAACCCGAAGUAUCUAUACCUAGAACGCCUCCGCCUGCUGAAGCGCCGCGCAAACGAAAAAGUCCCAGGGGACCACGAAAAGGAUGA